UGUAUGUACAUGUAUGUAUGUCAUGGUACGUGAGGCCUGAUAGCCGGUUUUUGCACACUCGGUCCUUACCAAUUUCGUGUAUUCUUAUUGUAUUUUGCACGAGCGAUAAGAAAAAGUUGCAUAAAAUGAAUCCUGACAACAAAAGCAAACAAGAAAGGCUUCGAAUAAGGAGGGAUCGAGAGAGACAAGCAACAGCCCAAGAAACAGCUGAAGAGAAAGAAGUCAGGCUAGCCAAACGCAGAGAAAAGCACAGGGCACUCAAAUUCAAGGUAACCAUUGCACUGGAUGCCAAUAGAGCAUCCCAGCAACUGAGACGGGACACAGAGACUCCUGAGGCUAGGCAGGCACGCCUACAGCAAAUGGCUGCUUCCACCCAAACCAGCAGAGCUUCAGAUACUCCUGAGGCCAGACAGGCACGCCUACAGCAAAUGGCUGCUUCAACUCAAACCAGCAGAGCCUCGGACACUCCUGAGGCACGCUUGGAACAAGACAGGCAUAGGCGCUGAGUCAGGUUGGCCGAGUGAUGAAAGUGUUUCGAUUCCCUCUGGAGAUGUUCGAGUGGCAGUCAAUGGCCGAGUGUGGACGUUCAACCCUCAGGCCAUGGUUGCCUCCCCGGAUGAGAACCCUCCUGAACUUCCAGGUACAGAACCCGGCCGUCAUCGUGGCAGCUGCUGCAGCCGGAGAUGCCAACACUCUCAGAGAGUUCCUACGCAAACAUCCCACUGAGGUGAACACCAAGGCAGCUGGCAAGGCGGCCAUCCACUGUGCCUGUGCAGCUGGCAAUGUGGACGUGCUCAAGGUCAUCAUGGAGUUCGCCCCCAAUGUGGAAGUGGGGGAUGAAGACGGUGACAGACCACUGCAUCUCUGUGCUUACAGUGAUGAAGAUGAAGCCACGACCAUUCUUAUCGAUGCUGGAGCUGAUGUCAACUCUAAGAAUUCUAAGGGGGCGUCCCCUCUCAUCAUAGCAGCUGUCAAGGGCCACUACAGUGUGCUGAGGAAGCCAGCUAACCAUCCCAACAUCAAGCUCCAUGAGCAGGAUUCCGAUGGAGACACUGCACUUCACUGCGCCGUCCUCGCUCAGAAGAAUGAGAGUGUGACGAUCCUAUUGGACGCUGGAGCAGACCCCACCCUCCUCAACUUCAGACUAUUCACACCAAUCCACGAGGCUGCUCGUAUUGGGUUCUUACCAGCUGUGGAGCACUUCAACCGUCGGUUUGUGGAGCACAUCAACCUGUUCAAGGACGACGGGUACACUCCCCUCCACCUGGCAGCACUUAAUGAUCACCUGGACGUUAUCACUGCCUUCGCUGAAGUGGUGCAGUGUGACCUCAAUGCUAAGACCAACCAAGGUCAGACAGCACUCCAUCUUGCUGUCCACCAAGGUCACGCUCGUAUCAUCGAGAGACUGGUGGGGUUCGGGGUAGACAUGAAUAUUCUAGACAGUGAUGGAGACACAGCUCUUCACAUGGCCGUGGUCAAGGAGACAGUGGACAACCUCACACAAGAGACUCCUCAACUCAAGAAGGUGAAAGACAGGUUGCCUGGUCAGCAGCUGAAGGCGGUUAUUCCGUGCUUCCUAGUACAAGAAGGUUCAGAGAUGUUCAAGACUAACAAGAAGGGUCGAAAUCCAUUGGAGGUUUGCUCACCUGACGUAGCAACCAUCGUCAUGGGCUUCGACAAGGACGGUGGUGGUGUGAAGUUCCAUGGUAGUCUGAAAUCACCUGCUCCCCCAGUGGUGGUUCAGGGCACACAGAGAGGACCUUUGGUGUACCCUACUCCCCUGCGUACUGGCAGUGCCACCCACCACCCACCCACAGCCUCUCUGCCAGUUGGAGUUAUGGACACUGCUGGAGCCACUGGAGGUGGUAGUGUGGGUGUGGCCAUUGAGCCGUGCUUCCUGUGUGAGGCUCCAGUGGACGUCAAGUUUGAGCCAUGUGGUCACGCUGUCAUGUGUGCAGAAUGUGCACAGAGAGCCAAGAAAUGCCCCACUUGCAAAGCUGCAGUCAAGACUAUCUCCAAGCUGUCCAAGGUUUGUAUGAUGUGUAAUGAAGAGGAGGCCACAGCCACUGUCAAGCCAUGUGAUCACACCUUCUGUCCAGAAUGUGCCCGGAGGAUGAAGACAUGCUUCGAGUGUCCAGUGCUUAUUACUGCAAAAGAGGGACUACCCCCCGUCUCGGCCACCAGUGUCCAUCCGCUGGCCAGCCCUGACUCUGAAUCUAAUUGUCCUAUUUGUCUGACAGAGCCUAAGAACACGGCCUUCCUCUGUGGACACCAGACAUGCUGGGACUGUGCACAGAAGGUCGACCAUUGCCCAGUGUGCAGGAAGUUUGUGACUCAUAGAAUUCAGUUGUUCCAGUGACAAUUUAGUAUUUGUUUCGUUUCUUUCUUUUCUGACUUUAGCAGACUGUUUUGAUUUUAUGGGCUCCGUUUUAAUUGGUUUGUACACGUGCAGUGAACAUUAGACAACUUUUGUGUGUAGUGUUAAUUGUUGUUUCGUUAUUUAUGUCAAUUAUUAGUUACCAUGUUUAAUUGUAUAUAUACUCUUUUGAUAACGUUUGAUAACGUAA